GCUUUCAUCGAUAGCGGCACAACAGGAAUCUUCAUCAGCCCGAGAUUCGUCCGAGAGCAUCGACUUCGGACAGAACCCCUUCCCCGACCCAUCCCCGUCUUCAACGUGGAUGGAACUCCGAACAAAGAAGCACUCAUCACGCGAAGAGCCCUCUUAUCUUACAAGAUAACCUACGUCGCCAGCAUCGGCAAAGAAGACAUCAUCUUCGGCCAUACCUGGCUCAAGCUCGAAAACCCCAAGAUAGACUGGAAGACCGGACGAGUUGAGCUAAAC